CUCAGUACUGCUCUAGUCAGGUAAAAACGAGGGGGGAAAGCUCAUUUGUGAUGGCGGAACGACACUUCGACGUAGACGGCCUCGAAUCUCUCCUAUUUUCUCCAGACAGAGAUUAUCUGAUCCGAAACAACGGUGAUCAGGUCAAAUCUGAAUACUUGAAUGGGAAGACGGUUGGAGUGUAUUUCUCCGCAUCAUGGUGUGGUCCUUGUCGGCGUUUUACCCCAAAGUUAAUUCAAGUGUACAAUGAAAUCCUUUCAAAAGGAGAUUUUGAAAUCGUAUUUGUUUCUGCUGAUGAGGAUGAGGAGUCUUUCAAGGGAUACUUUUCUGAAAUGCCUUGGACUGCAAUCCCAUUCUCUGAUUCUGUUACUCGUGACCAUCUGGAUGGUUUAUUCACUGUAAGGGGAAUACCCCACCUUGUGAUCCUAAAUGGAAGUGGAGAGGUAUUAACAGAAGAUGGUGUUGAUGUUAUAGUUGAACAUGGUGUGGAAGGUUACCCUUUUACUAGAGAGAAGGUCAGAGAACUGAAAGAAGCUGAAGAAGCAGCUAAGAGGGAACAAUCAUUGAAAAGCAUUCUAGUUUCUCCAUCACGUGACUAUGUGAUUGCAGCUGAUGGGAAGCAGGUACCUAUUGAUGGUCUUGUAGGCAAGACCGUUGGCCUGUAUUUUUUUCUGUCAACAUUCAGCGGAUCCUCUGCUUUUACUCAAAAGCUGGUUGAAGCUUAUCAGAAAUUGAAAGAAAAUAAAGAUUUUGAGAUUGUGAUGAUUCCCCUAGAUGAGAAUGCAGAGUCAUUCAAGGAAGCUUUUAAAAGCUUACCUUGGCUUUCUGUUCCUUCAGGAGAUAGAAGCUGUGAGAAGCUAGUGAGAUACUUUGAGAUCUCUUCACUACCCACCUUAGUCAUCAUUGGUCCAGAUGGGAAGACCCUUCAGUCUGAUGUUGCUGAAGCUGUGGAAGAGCAUGGGUUCCUGGCCUAUCCUUUUACCCCUGAGAGGUUUGCUGAGCUUGAAGAGAUUGAGAAGACUAAAAAAGAAUCACAGACACUAGAGUCAAUUUUGGUUAAAGGAGAUGCCGAUUUUGUUAUUGGAAAAGAUGGAGCAAAGAUUCCAGUGUCUGGUCUUGUUGGAAAGAAUAUACUCAUUUACUUCUCUGCUCAUUGGUGCCCUCCUUGCCGUGCUUUUCUACCUAAACUCAUAAAAGCAUACCACAAGAUCAAAGCAAAGGAUGAUGCAUUCGAUGUGAUUUUCGUCUCAAGUGACCAAGAUCAAACCUCCUUUGAUGACUUCUUUUCAAAGAUGCCAUGGUUGGCCCUUCCUUUUGGUGAUGAGAGGAAAGGGAUUCUAAGUCGCCUUUUCAAAGUUCGCGGAAUCCCGAUGUUAGUUGCUAUUGGGAAAACAGGCCAGACAAUAACAACCGAAGCUAGAGAUUUGGUGAUGAGUCAUGGUGCUGAUGCAUACCCCUUCACCGAAGAGCGUCUGAAGGAGAUUGAAGCAGAGUAUGAAGAGAUGUCAAAGGGGUGGCCUGAGAAACUCAAACAUGCCCUUCAUGAAGAGCAUGAGCUUUUGCUCACGAGGCGUAUGGUGUAUAAUUGUGAUGCUUGCCAUGAUGAGGGACAAGGAUGGUCAUUUUAUUGUGAUGACUGUGAUUUUGACCUCCACCCCAAAUGUGCUCUGGAGGAAAACAUGGAGGCGGAGGCCACAGAAGAGAACACAAAAGAGGGGUGGGUUUGUGAUGGUGAAGUUUGCAGGAGAGCUUAAACAACUUUCUAUGCGUUACUAGACGGGUGAUGUUGCCAUAUAUUCCAAAUGUUGGUCGGAUAUAUGCGAUGUUCUACUUCGAUUAUCACUAUAUAUGUGUGGUUUUCAUGUAUGUUAUUACAUGGAGUAUAUGUGGUUUGAAUGUAUGUUAGGUUUUCAGAUUAUCAGAGUCAGGGCUAUAAAUUUAGCCCUUAUGUAAUUAUUAUUUGAAAUAUCAAUAAGAUUGGAUCUUUUAUUGUUUCCUAGUUUUCCGGCGUGCAGUGUGAGUGUAUUGUCUGGAGCACGGCUGGUCCCGGGGGGAACAGGGUCGACGUCCUAGGCCCAAAAAAAUAGAGAAAAAAUACUUAAAAUAAGUCCAAUUUUUUUAAGUUAUAGUGUGAUUGUGAGAGUAAGCUUCUUGAUGUGAAAGUAAGCUUCUUUUUUCUAUUUUUAAGUUAAUUAAUUAGGCUUAAUGUUUACUCACUCCAUC